UCGGCGCGACACGUGCGCCAUAAAAUUCGAACUAUCUUGAUUGUGUAUCGACCAAUAGUUUUCUGUGAAAUUCCAUUCCGUGUCCGUUACGCAGUUUUGAACGAAAUUUCUACAUUUGUUAAUGACGAGUCGUUAAGUAUUUCACAGGGCAUUUUAUUGUAAUGUUUUGUUGAAGUGAAGUGUUGAAGCGUUACAAUUGUUACGGUCACGCAAGGAUAUUUUUAAAGAAAAUUCAGUUAACCAUGGACACGAAGGAUUUCAUUGAUUUCGGCAAGGCUGCCAUCGAUUUUGUUGCAAAUUAUACCGAAAACAUAAGAGAUGAGAACGUCCUUCCGGAUGUUGAGCCUGGUUAUCUCAGUGAAUUGCUGCCAAGCGAAGUUCCACACAAGGGAGAAAAAUGGCAAGAAAUAUUGGAAGAUGUAAAGAGAUACAUUAUGCCGGGGGUAACUCACUGGAAUUCACCUAAUUUUCAUGCAUUUUAUCCUUCUGGAAACUCUUAUCCUGCGAUUGUCGGUGAAAUUAUAUCCGCUGGUAUCGGUUGUGUCGGAUUUACGUGGUUGGCUUCACCGGCGUGCACCGAACUCGAAGUCAUUACAAUGAACUGGCUUGGAAAAUUAAUAGGUUUGCCGAAGGAAUUUCUGAACUGCGACGAAGGUCCUGGUGGAGGCGUUAUACAGGGAUCCGCAAGUGAAGCCUCAUUCCUGUGUUUAUUAGCAGCGAAAGAACAAACAACACGUCGCAUAAAACGUCUCCAUCCAGAAUGGGACGAAGGGUUCAUAAAAUCGAAAUUAAUUGCAUAUACAUCUGAUCAAUCAAAUUCUUCUGUAGAAAAGGCAGGAAUAUUAGCAUCGGUGCCAAUGAAACUUUUACCAACCGAUAAAAAAUGUGCACUUCGAGGUGAAACAUUAUUGAAAGCGAUCGAGGAGGACUCAGAGAGAGGUCUGAUACCGUGUUACACGGUGGCCACUUUGGGAACCACCGGCACGUGUGCCUUCGACAACAUUGAAGAAUUAGGUCCCAUAUGCAACCAGAACAACAUAUGGUUGCAUGUGGAUGCCGCUUAUGCAGGUGCCGCAUUUGUUUGUCCUGAGUAUCGAAAUUUGAUGUGUGGCAUUGAAUACGCUGAUUCUUUCAACAUCAAUCCUCAUAAAUGGCUGCUUGUAAAUUUCGACUGCUCUGCACUUUGGUUGAAAGAUUCCAGACGUCUGAUCGAAUCAUUUAGUGUAGAUAGAAUUUAUUUAGCACACGACAAAGAAGGAUUAGCUCCAGAUUACAGAAAUUGGCAAAUUCCUUUGGGUCGUCGCUUCCGUUCCUUAAAACUUUGGUUCGUUCUACGAAUUUAUGGAGUAGAAGGAUUACAAGAACACAUAAGACGAACAUUAAGAUUGGCUCAGAUGUUUGAAAACUAUGUUAAGUCUGACAAUCGAUUUGAAUUGGUAAUGGAGAGAUCGCUCGGUUUAAUUUGCUUCAGACUGAAGGGCGACAAUAAAUUGACAGAAGAACUACUUAGCGGUUUGACAGCCGAGAAGAAAAUUUAUGUUGUACCAGCGACGUUUCAUAAGAAAUUUAUCGUUCGUUUCGUAGUGUGUAGCAGGUUGUCUAGAGAAGACGACAUUACUUUUGCGUGGAACGAGAUCACGAAACAGGCGGCGGAAGUUUUGAGAUCGCAACCACCAGCCUUUGCGGAAAAGAUAGAAAGUAUGAAUCUGGACAUAAAAACGCCAAAGAUAUCGUAGAGUUUAUUAAUG